UGUCCCACGAGGCAUUCCAGCUGCUAGACAGACAGAUCAGCCCUCACACCUUCAUACUGUAGCCUACUUUAAGCGCCGCAUCGAUGUUAUGUAACCUUCAGCUAAACCGCAAUGUUCGAUCUGCUAAUCGAAGAAAGUUGUUUCAAAGAUCGUGUGCUCGAGCGCGUGAGAAUCGUCUGAAGUGGAGACGGACAGCGAGGAUGCGCGGCUCCGACUGCGAGUCCGGUCACACCGAGGGGAUCCGACGGGAGGUGCGGGGAGGAACUGGUCUCCCGAUCCUCUGCAGAGUGGGAGCACUAUCACAGACCACGUGAGAGGGAUGUUCAGACGGUCCCCCGACAGACCGACACCGGCUCAUCUCUUCUGCUCCUGCUGCCUGCUGACAUGGGCUCAGCUUCCCGGAGUCAGGCGUGGAGGGAGGAGAGCGACUCUCUGUCUGAAUGUAACCUCUGAUCUUUCAUCACUCUUUUCUUUCUUUUAACAUUUUUUUUUCUUUCUUUCUUUCUUUUUCUUGGGUGACGGGAGCAGUAGAGUAAAUGCUAUGGCUUGGCCGUGCAUCACCAGAGUGUGCUGUCUGGCUCGAUUCUGGAACCAGUUCGACAAGUCGGACCUCUCGGUCCCGCUGACCAUUCAGAACUACUCGGACAUCGCGGAACAGGAGGUGCGCUCCGUCACCAAGCAGCUCUCCGACUCGGAGAACAGCUUCGCCGCCCCAAGAGGCUCCCCCCAUGCGCCCGCAGACGGACCCCGAGGUCCCUCCAGGGCACGAAGGGAGCCCAGCUACAAGCCCCGGGAGGACUACCACCCGCCCGGCGUGCCGUUCCCCAGCGUCACUCAGUACAAGCAGGAUUUCAAACCCUGGCCCAUUCCCAGGAAGGACAACUUCCCCUGGAUCAGUAACGGGGGCGGCAGGGGGGACGGCGCUUCGGACAGCAGCCAGGUGAACAGUUACCACCUCCAGGCGCAGGUUGGGGAGAGGCGGGGGGACAGGCUGGAGCAGCAGGUGACGGAGGAGAGCAAGACCAGCUCCUACAGGCAAGAGUACAGGCCAUGGACAGGGGCGAAGCCAGCCAGGAGUGCGAGGAGAAACCCCACAGCUCAAUAUUCCAGCCCAGGGACGGAGGCUACCCACAUCCCACGUGAGACCAGUUAUCAGGCCGCCUACAGCGGGGAGGUCAACAGGGCCAUGAGCGGGCAAAAGGCUGAUCUCAUCCCUCCAUCUGCUGCCUCCAACAUCCAGCCUCCGUCCGUCACGCAGCACAACCUGGCUGCCACGCGAGCCGGCAGCUCCCUCAGCCCGUCCAGCCUCCAGCAAAGCAUCCUGCCAGAGACCACCGAGCACAGCGGAACAGCCAAGAGAGAGGAGCAUCUUGUGAGGACCAAACUGCCCCCGAACCCUUCUGCCGUCUUUCAAAGCGGAUCGAGGGUCUUCAACAUCUGACAGCUGCUGGGACUCUUCACCCUCCCCACCCCCCACAGUCCAUUCCACAACACAAGAAUCUAUGCAAAGGAAUGUUGUUGUUGUGAACACUGUUGAGCAGCUGCUCAUUAUCCCAGGUAAAGAGAGAUAAACCACUCUUUUUGAUACUCCUCCAGGCUCCUUGUUCCUACAAAUGAAGACGCAUGUGACAGAAUAGUCUAGAAACAAACUCUUUCUUUUUCUUUUUUUUUUCUUUUUUGUUUUGGUUGUAGAUGCACAAGAACCUGGCUGCUCUGUAUGUCUGUGUUUGUGUGCCUGCUCUUUUGUCUCUGAUGUACAUAAUGUUGGCUCCGCACCUGUAGUCCAGGAUAUGAUUUAUCAUAAGGUGUGUUUGCUUAGAGUGUGCUAUGCUGCCCUUUGAGGUCUCUAGAAAUCUGCCUGAAAAUAAUUUAUUACCUUUACAUUCAGUUCAUGUUUGAAGAAAUUAUUGUUUAGUCGAAUUUUUUUUUGAUAAAGAUCUUGUCAAAGAGAAACAGCAAUUAAAGGAUCUAAAAAGUUGAAUUACAAUAAAAUAUUGUUUAUUA